AUGCCUGCGCUGCUGGUCGAUACCAAUCUGCGGCCGGCUUCCUCGAGCGACGCCUCGUCGACCUCGGGAGCCUCCCAAAAGCGUUCAGAGUCGCCCACCUCAGACCGCCCGCCCGUUUCACCCAUCACACCCACCGCUACGGCCGCCCAGCUAGCUCCCAUUGAGCGCUCCGAAUCCCGGCCCCGCAAUGCACCCCCACCCCCAUCUGCGCCUGCCUCUGCGCCUGCACCCACGGCCUUCAGACAGCAGCCUCCCUCGGUCCCCAUCUCAGAAAGUGAGAAUCCAGACGCGAUUGCGCUACGCUCGGCGAUAUCGCUUCUGCAACUGCAGCGAGAGAAGAGCAAGCGCGACCUGAAGGCGCUGGAGGAGCUCAAGCACGCCGCGGUCCAAGAUCCGCAUGGCUUCAUGCUCUCUUUGCAACAGCAAAAAGCACAAGCAGCACGAGCGCACAGCGACGUUCUUACGCCCACGCUCGCUGGCCUUGCAGACGUAGCCGAGAGCGACAGCGACAACGACGACGACACAACCGCUGGCCAACAGUCGGGAGCGGGCCGCAAGGACUCCGCGAACGUAGACUCCAGAGUAGCACCCAAGUUCCCGGCCGUCCCUCAACCUCAAAACGUAGUCCGAUGCCCUCCUAUUGAAUGGGCGAAAUACCACAUCGUUGGCGAGCCUCUCAACAAGAUGCAUGAAGAGCAGAAGAAGUGGCCAGGCUCCAGCGAGCCCCCAAAGCUCGCAAACGGACAUCGUGCUCCACCACACUCGGUUGCUGCACCAUACUCGCCCUUCAAGGACGCGGUGGGCAAGUCCAAGUCACCCUCGACAGGUCCUACGAGCAAGACCAAGAAGACGCCAUCGUAA